AUGGUUGUACCGAUUGAAUCGUCCUUACGGUCUCGUGUAACUGAUACAUGUAACUUGAACUUGAAAUUCUUUGUGGUACCAAAGUUCUUUUUAAAAUUCGAAUAUGAAUGUUGCUCAAUUCACAAAUCAGUGAUAUCAAUGUUGUCAUUGGUCGAAAUUCUUAUUUUAAAGACAAGAGCAUCAAAUGAAUUUGUACGACGAAUUUGCAACAAUGAAGCAUAG